CUUCACCCAGUCUAAAUGUUUUUUCCUUUUUCACUCCAUUUUAUUACAUUUUACUAUUGGUUUCAUUUGAUGGCGUCCGGUUACGUUUAAAGAUUUUUUACGUUUGAUUGAGCCCUAGAACCACGUACACGUCCACCUACAUUUGUCGUUAACAAUAUAAUUCCAUUGCUGGGCGGUAAAUUUCCACAGAUAAUCGGCAUUGAUGGUAAUGCAUGCGAGGAAACUUCAAAGGAUUAGUGAUGGGUAUUAUGACAAGAACCCGUCCCAUCAGUAUCAGAAUUCCAAAUACUUAGUUUCAAAAAAUUCUAGCAGUGAUCAAAAGUAUGGCAGUGUUAGGGGAAAUGGUACCUCAUAUCCAAGUCCUGGCCGAGGAAGUCCAUCACGAGAUCGAUCAUAUUCAAGCAAAAGUUCAUAUCAUUCUCAAAAAAGUCACAGAGAUAAGGAGAGAGAUUCUCGAGACUAUAAAUCUAGGAAUAGUGAUAAAUAUUCUGAUUAUAGUAGGUCACCAAAAGAUAGACGAAGUAGAGAUGAAUAUAGAACAAACCACGAUCGGAUUAGUCCGGAAAAAAUGGUUGUACAUUCUGUGAAAUGGUCAAAUUCUAGGGAUUCUAGAGAUUCUAGAGAAUCUGGUCAACGAAAAGUUGUUCAUAGCUCAUGUCAGAGUAGCAGCAGUAGUAGUAAUAACCGCGAAUCCAGGUCUGGCGGAAGUUCAACUGUCACUAAAGUUGGUGAUUGGUCUGAACAUACAAGUUCUUCAGGCAAAAAAUACUAUUAUAAUUGUAAAACUGAAGUAUCUCAAUGGGAUCAGCCAAGAGAAUGGUUAGAAGCUUAUCCAGCAUCUCAACCUUCUCGAACACAAUACCACCAUGACAAACAUUCCAAUAACUCUAUGAUGAGAUCAUCAUCAAUGAACAAUCAUGUGAACAAAGUUUCACAGCAGUCAUCUCAACAACAAGUUAAUUGUACAAGUAGACCAACUCACCAUCAAAAAGAUGCUUAUUGGAAUCAAAUGAGAAGUAAUAAUCUUCCAAUAAAUGUCUCGCAAUCUCACCAUGUGUCUGAGUGUAAUGUAGAUAGGCUUGAACAGGAUGGACCAACAAUAAUAAAUUCCUGCGAUUCAUCGCAAACUCAAGACAUGGAAUUAUGUAGUGGCGACAGCACUCCUACUUCAGAAAAGUCCUUUCAACUAUCAAAUGUACCUGCACAAAGGCACAGUUCUUCUACUCCUCAAUCACAAGUAAAAGGAGCUGAAGUCAUUAGUGAACCAUGUGAAAGAACAAAUGUUGAUGUUGGAUCAACAACACCGCCAUUAUCUAAUAUAACUCAGAAUUUAGUUGAUUCAUCAACAUCAAAUAAUAUUACUGAACGAAGUCCACCCACCCCUGCAAACACAGAAACUAAUAAUACCCAAGAAGUUAAAGGGAGUCCUGUAACAAGCCAUGCAGAACAAGUUGCCCAAGUCAACAAUGUAAUGAGUUACAGACAGCUUGGAACAACAUCAUCCCCAGUAGUGUCAAACUUAGUACGGGAUGAUUUAACAUCACACGUUAAAACCUGGCCAGGUGAUAUUUUAGCAAAACAGGCACAAAAGUUAAAUGAAGAAGCCCAUAUAUUAGGAAGUGUACACUGUUCACGAGUAUCUGCGGAACUCAAAUAUGCAAGGUCUAUUGUUCGUUUGACUGAAGUGCAAGCAUCUUUAUUAGAACACAAGGUGUUAUUUUUACAGCAACAAAUUAAAACUUUAGAAAAAUUAAAAUCUGAAAAUUCGUUUAUGGGUGAAGGAGAUGAAGGAAGGACGACUUAAAUAUAUUAUGAUAUUACAUUGAGGAUUGGUUUUUAAGUAUUACCUUGGCACCACUAAUAUUAACCUUCAUUGAAAUUAUUAUAUAAGAUAAAUAAUGAACGUCUGUCAGGUCUAGUAUUUUGUCACAUUAUUUAUUUUAAUUAAUUUAGGAAAGUAAUAAUGUAACAAUAAAAGAGUGUAUAGAUAUAAACAACUCAAUAUUUUAUUUAUUAAUUUAUGAUUUUAACAUAAGGUAUAUUUACCUAAGCUUGAUAAUUUGAAAAGGAUUUUACCUUAAACAAGUUCUUUAAUUGUUUCAUAAUAAUUAUGACAACAUUUAAAUAUUAACCCAUUUCUCGUAGUUAUUUUAGUUAAAAUAAAUAAUUUUAAUAUUAAAACAUAUAUUUUAUGUUUAUCUAUCUAUACACUACUUUUUGUACGCACAAGAUCUGUUUGAUUCUUAUAUAAUUUGUGAACCAGAUAAAUCCAAAGAGUAGUUCUAUAAAUCAAUAAUGUUCCAAGUUCUAACUAUAAACCAUGUUCAGAAUGAUAAUAAUUAUGUAUACUUACCUAAGUUCUAUGUAUUAAAUAUAUUUUUCCUUUUGUACAUUUCAUUCAUUAUGUACUAGGUGCAUUAAUUUAUCAAACUUUUCCUAUUGUACAUAUUUUUUUAAUAAUAUAAUAAUUUAGACUGUUAUUUAUUUAACAAUAAUUUACAAUUGUUAUUAUUGAUAUUUGUCAAACAUACAAUUGAGAGUAAAUGGUAGGGUUAACUAUGUGAUACCAAUUUACCGAUUCUGAAAUAAAUUGAUUAUAUUGCAUUAAAAAUUAAA